AUGGAAAGGUCUUACCCAAAUACCUUCAAUGCAGAGGAAGUCCUUGAAAAGAUGAGGAAUGACUUCAAGAAGCAGCUUGAGAAGUGCUUCAGGAACACCAUCCCUCAAGUCUUUUUGAUCUCCUCCUGGGACCUUCGCAAGUAUGAUUUUCCCCGACUGGUGGAGACCUUGGAGAAAGCUCUGCCCUGCCCGAAGAGACUUGCUUUCCUGCUCAGCCUUCCCAACUUUUCUCCUUGCCUGAGCCAAAAGAGCCUCUCAGAGGGGAGGUUGAAGACUUCUCUGCCCAGCCUGAAGAGAACUGCAUUCCUGCUCAGCCUUCCCAACUUUUCAUCUGAGGUCAUAGAAAAGAAGAAAUCUGCACUGAAAAGCCACCUGUGGAAAACAUACCUGGCAUCUGCUGGCAUCAAUGAGAUUCCCCUUCCAGGCCUUCCUCUGGCUUGUGAUGUUGCCCUCUUGCUUGGGUCCCUGGUUGCCUUCUACAAGAGAUUUGAGCUGGAUGAUGGCUCCUUAGCUAGGCGGGCCAGAUUGGCCAGGAAGCCUGUUGAAGAACUGAAGGCCGUGAUGAAGUCUCCUCAGGAGGAAGAAAUUAACGGGGAUCUGGUUAUAAAGAAAAUAACAGAUUAUGCAAAAGAAUUAUUCCCGCCUUUGCUAGUUAGAAGCUUGGUAGCAGCAGAGGUGUCUUUUGCCAUCAUUUAUUGGAUGCUGUUGAGCUUCCUGGAUAAUCUAGCUGAGGAUGCUCAUAGGGUUCGAAAGAAAGCCCUAGGACUGGAAGAGUGUGAGGCAGAGCAUCUCAGGGCCAAGUAGAACUGGCACAAGACAUGAUGCAACCCAAGGUGGGGUAACAGGAGCUGCUGCUGCUGCUGUGGCAAACAUUCCCACUUUGGCACCCCUUUUCAUACCCACUUUGGCUGGUUCUAGAGACAAUGGAGCAGACCCUAUAGCUGAUUUGC